AUGUUUCUCCAUUCUGGCGCAAGCCUGCAUGGGCACGAAUACUCCAACAAGACCACUGCCAGCGGCAACCAGCCUGCGCGCAGGCAUAUUCUCCUACGUUCAUCACUAGGCGCAUCGCCGCUUCAGCGAUCGUCAUUCUCAACCGAUGAAACCGAGACGCCGACACAACGUAUCAACCGACGCCUUUCAUUACAAGAGCCCGCCUCUGCUACACGCCCAGUACGCAGAAUCCGACCGGUGUCUGACUUUGUCCAAAGAAAGGACCUCGUCGUACGCUUCGAGGAAGAACCUACCGUUGUAGGCGAGGAAACACAUGGUCUCGAUGGCGUAAGCGAAGACGAAGGCAGUCUGGUAUCAGAGAUUAGCGAUACAAGCACUGUGAAAAGAUCCAAAAGAUCAAGGCGAGCUGCAAGGCAAUGUACCAACUACAUGCUAGCCUACCCUCCUCCAAAGCUUCGUACGAAACAGCGACGCUUCGUGUCCAUCCGACCGCGACUUCUGCUGCAGCUACAACAACUAUCGAACGACAAGCGGCCCAUGCCCGCCAUUGAUGUCGUCCCCUCGAGCAUGAUUGCUGGAACAGUGAUCCUUCCCCGUCUCGCACGACGCUUUCCCAAGAUGUUCAGGGUCAAGGGACAGCUGGGCAUGAAUGGCCUCAUCUUGGCCAAGAGUGAGGACUACGACAAUAACGCUGACGAUUCUGACUCGGAUGACAAAGAUCUCGAUAAGCGCGACUUGGUUGCCGUUAUCUCGCCGGUCUCGUCGCGGAAAGAAGGCGAGCGGAGGGAUUCUGGCGAACAGACGGAAAUUGUUUUGGCGGACGGUUCAGUUUGGACUGCCACUCAAACAAACAAUGGGUCGUACGAUUUCGUCCACGUUGACGAAGCUGGCCAAACGACAGUUGCGAGAUGGGCCAGACGUAGUGCCCGGCCUCUGUCCACGGCUACAUGCACCGCGGCACUGACCCCCGCUGCUUCGGAGUACAAAUUCACUUUCAGCGUCCUCGAUCCACAGCUUCGUCGACACCCCGUUAUGGCAACUUUGACGCCGGCUAAUCUCGAAAUCUUGGAUAAUUACACCACCGUAUCACAAUCCUCCGGUCGUUAUCCUCCUACACGACCCUUCAGCAUGGAUUUGACCGGCGACAAGGAAACUCCAUCGCUGCCAACAGCAUCCCACGGCGCGACACAACGAGAGACUCACCCUGUCGAUGAAGCGACUCGAAUUCUCAUCACCGUAACCUCCGUAUGGGUAUCCCUUCGUCAUGGCCAAGGCUGGGCAUCGUCUGCAGCGUCUCCUGUUCCGGGGACCUCCAGACCAGCACAGUCUCGUACUGUUAGCGGCAGCAGCUGCCAGAGUCGUGCAUCAACCUUUCCGGUGUCAACGACGGAAAUGAAUCGGAUCUCAUCUCCACCAUUAGUACAGCAACAAAUCGCGACUCAGCCCGCAUCAGUUGCGCCCAAGAGGACAUUCUCAUCUGGAGCCGCCUUCAUGCAGCGCCGCCAGACAAAGCUUGGGGGCGAGUCGGUGACCACUGACAAUGCGGCCGAGUCUGACGAUCUGGGCGGGCUCGAAAAGGUGCCCGAACCCGCGCCUAUGAAGAGGAGUUUCUCCAAAAGGAUACGGGAUUGGAGCCACCGCUUCACUUCGAGGAAGACAGCAACUGCAUAA